CCGCAAAUAUCAAAACAUCAAAACAAGACAAGCAAAGCAGCCCCUUUGCUCAUUCAAUUCAUUUCACGUGCUCCUAAAUUAUUAACUAUUUUUAUAACUCAUCAAUAGUUGCCAUAUCAUUUUCUUCUGUACUGUAUUGGAAAUAUUUAGCUAUCGUACUCGUUGCGUGUAAUCAGUCAGUCGGAAAAUGAACUCUUUACUUAGCUGUGAGUGUGAGUGUGAGUCUGACUGUCAGGCUGAGUCAGCAUGACAUUGCAAGACACGCCAAAGGCAGAGGUGAAUCCUGAAGUUACGGCAGUUUGAGCCUGGAUGCUUUGAUCAUAAGCUUGUCACUGUCAUGGAAACAGAACUUGACACUACUGAGACCGAGAUUGAUAAUGUGGCAGCAUCUGAACACUGUCACUGUGGGAAACUAGAAAAGAAUGUGGAUAGGAGGCAAAGACAAGACAGGCUUUUCCUCUGGCAUGGCUGUCAAUUGGACUGUAUGCCGAAUUGCUAUUCACAAUUAACAUCAAAGAGCAUCAUUCAGGUGUCGUGCAGCAACACGCACAUAUUUGUUCUUACAUCUGAUGGCCAGCUGUUCAGUGUCAGCAAGACACAGCAAGGGCAGCUUGAUUUCGAAAAUGUACCGACUGUGCCGGAUCCUCGUAUCAUCCCAGCUCUCAGCGGCCGCUUUGUGACUCAGGUUGACUGUGGUUUAAGCCACUCGGCAUGCGUGUGUGAUCAUGGCGAUGUAUUCUGCUGGGGCUCGUCUUCGUUCGGGCAGUGCGGCACUGAGGCGCGACUGGUGCCGGUACCCCGGCAAGUGCUCAUAGUGCGCAAGGCGCAAAAGUGCAAGCACGGCGUAAUGCGGAAGGGAGAUGUGGUUGCCGCCCAGCAGGUGGCCUGUGGCAGCAAGCACACGAUGGCGGUGUCUGCACAGCACGAAGUAUGGGUGUGGGGCGAAGGCAUAGCACUGGGACUCACCACAGUUAAGCGGACGUUGAAACCGAGGAAGAUAGACUUCCUCGAUGGCGAAAAGGUGCUGUCGGUCGCGUGCAGCGCCGAACACUGUCUCGCGAUUGUCGAGAAGGUGAGGGACUGCAAGGAGACGUGCGCGUAUCCGGUCGAGCACCCCAACCGCGUGUCGACCUGCUCCAUCUGCGACGGGGAGUACUACACGGUGAGGGACGAGCGGGACACGGUGGUCAUCAGUGGCAGUCACGUCUGUCCCCUCGGCUUCGCGGUCAAGGAGCGCGCGGCCAUUGGCGGUCGGCAGCAGAGCGUUAGCACCGAAGACCUCUCUGUUGGCACAGCCCGCACACUCGUGCGACUCAUGAGUGCUAGCGACGAAGACUUGAGAACUUUGCGGGGGAAACUCGGUGGCAAGUUGCCGCCAUUUCAAGCUAGCGAAGAUGCGUCGACCGACCACCAGAACGAGGGAACUUCGAAGGUUUCCUCAUUGGAGGAUGUCGUAUGUAAUUUGGCAGGUGCUCUCAAUUUAGAAACUACAUCUGACGGGCCGACUGAAGCAGAUGCCAUCACGGAUCGCGAAACGGGUGUUGCUGGAAGCUGUGAGGAAGACAAUGAUGCCACUGCCUGCGUGAGCAUGUGCGUGCCGGCCAUCGCUGCGGAAUCGGACGUGAGUCACGAUGUCGUGGCUGAAGCAAUGGCUGCGGUUGAUGCAGAUUCACAGCCGCUUCAAGAGCCGCAAUGCGAAGGUCGUAGGUCAUCAUCGGCAUUCAUCGACGGCAAGGCAGCACGUGAGUUUCUCGCGAGGCAGUUGUCUGCCGACAGCUACAAGUCUCUGCACAAGACACUCGGUGCCGUUAUGAGCACCGUGCCGGUGUCUCAAGGUGUGAAUACGGUCGAGUUUGUCAAGGACAAUGUGAACUUUAUUACGACGCAGGUGAAGGACAACGUUAAUUACCUGACGACACACGUCAUGAGCAGUGUUCCUAGGUUAAACUUCUUCUCUGGACGUAGUGCUAGAGACAACAUCUCUUUAUCAUCAUCUAAUGCUGAGAUGGAGAUGCUCACAGAUGAUGAUGGCUUCAGUGAAGGAACAGAUUCAUCAACCCCACCACAGUCAACACCAGAGAAGAAAGGGUUGUUUACGAAAGCAGGAAGGUGUAGGAGACAUAUUGCUCUUCAUACUGAAGUGUGGAGUUGGGGAAAAGGUGGCUAUGGUCAGCUGGGACAUGGGGAUAUGUUAGACAGGCCUCAACCAUGUCUAGUGCGAUCACUGGAAGGGAAGAAUGUGGUGAAGGUAGUAGCUGGAGAGAGGCACUCGCUCGCCCUGACUGCUAACUGUGAGGUGUUUUCCUGGGGCUGCAACCGGUACAAGCAACUCGGUUACACUGAGUCAAUAGCUGGCUACACCAUGUCUCCCCGGCAGAUAACAUUUCGCACAAAGAUGCUCGUGUGGGAUGUUGCGGCCGGAGCGCGUCACUCCUUGCUGCUGGCCGAUGGAGAGAAUGCCCAACCACAGGUUCUCGUCUGCAGCAAGGAGGCAGGUGACCAACAUGGAAGCAAGCUGAAGUCUAGGAUGACCGGCCCUGUCGGUUGCACAGGAUUAGAGAAGAGCUGCUGGUGCAGGCAGGUGUUUGCCGGCAGGGAGAGCAACGCUGUACUGGCUCACCAUGAUGAAGGAGGCGGGCUAGUGGCUACACUGCACGAGUUUGCUGCCACCGAACGACUGUGCUACCACAGGAUUCAUGCAGUUGUUAACACGUUAGUGCUGCCACUGAUCCGUUCCGACAUGUUUCAUCCGAUCGAAAAGUCUCGCCAUGGACCUCCAUUAAAGGAAAUGUUGACCUGUCUGCAAGCCCUUGCUGACUUCAUUGGUAGAAAUGUGGUUUCAAUAACGCGGGUAGUGACGACAGGGGAGAACAUUCUUGGCACGCCAAUAUUCAAUGAGACGAAAGCCUACAUUUCCGUGUUCUUCCGCUUUGUCGACAAAUAUGCCGAUGUUAUUUCCAUGGAUGGUUUUAACUUUUGCACAAAACAUGCAAGGCCUUAUUUCGAGAAACAUGUUGCAUUGGCAGCAGAGCUGCUAGGCACAGCUAAGCUAGAACACACGGACCUGCAACUACUUCUCUACCUCCCAUGUCACCACCUGGUGGAGGAAUAUAAAACGUCAAUUGGGAAACUAACUGUGCAUUUUGAUAAUGAAGGUCACACUGCAAAGCAUUUGAAGGAGACACAGGUCCAACUUGACAAAGUGAAAGAAAAGCUAACCACAGUGCUAAAGUCUGCAGAGAAAACAAAGAAAUUUUGGGAUACCACACCUUUUCGGUUUGUGGAAACGUAUCAGACACCAACAAGGCGGCUGUUGAAGGACAGCAAGACAUGUGUUGUGAGUCUGUAUCCGGCUGGCGGCUUCAUGUCUUCACAUUGGUUCCUUUUGUUCAACGACGGCUUCCUGCAUGUCUCCUCCAACAAGGAGAUGUGUAAUCUUCCCAACAUCUGGGUGGAGCCUCUGCACGACACCACCAACAUCGAGUUUGGAAUUCACUUAAAAAUGCCAGAGGAUACUUGUCUAAUCUUGUCUGCCAAGUCUGCACAUGAAAAGGCAGAGUGGAUCAGUGCCUUCAACAGAGCAAUAGUGGAUUCACUGUCCUCAAUACGUGGCAGGACACUGAGGCUGACUGCACCAAAUGCGCGUCACGCCACGUACACGUUCAACAAAACACCCGCAUACCAAGGUGCCACAUACACAGGCAUGUGGCUAGGUGGAGAGAUGAGUGGACAAGGUGAGAUGAAGUGGCCAGACCAAAAAACAUAUGUUGGGAAGUUCAAGAACAACCUCAUGCAUGGAUACGGAAUAUUGAACACUCCUUGUUCAGAUGGCACAGACGUAAGUGAGGGACAUUGGAGAGAGGGCAAACUACAUGGCUAUGCCUGCAUCAAGUAUGCCAAUGGAGAUAUCUAUAAGGGUUACUUCAAGGAUGGCUUGCGGCAUGGACAUGGCUGUUUUGAACAAGGAAAGUUCUUAACGCAAGCUGCAAGUAUCUAUGUGGGAGAGUGGUUAGCCAAUAAGAAACAUGGCUAUGGCAUACUUGACAAUAUCAUAAAAGCUGAGAAAUACAUGGGCAUGUGGAAGGAUGAUCUGAGACAGGGUCCUGGCCUAGUUGUCACUCUUGAUGGCAUCUACUAUGAAGGCACCUUCACAAGUGAUAAGCUAACAGGAUUUGGUUUGAUGAUGUUCGAUGACAACACUAGCUAUGAGGGGGAGUUCUCUGAUGGAGGCGUUUUCUACGGCAAGGGACAGAUGACUCUUCCCAACGCAGACGUUAUCAGUGGCAACUUCACGGGGGAGUGGAGUAAAGGUGUCAAAAUCAAUGGCAUAUUCAAUAAGGCAAUGUCACCAGUGAAUGAGAGUGCACGGCAGAAAGGCAGUCGUACCAACCUCCCUGGAUGUUUCGGCAAGUUGUGCGUCCCGGCUGACCACAAGUGGGAGGCUGUGUUCGAUCACUGUCGGGUCAGCAUGGGCUGUGCAGAUGCUGACAGCCAUGGUCAGCAUGUCUGCAGGCGGGCGUGGGAGCACAUCGCUGUCAUCAUCACCAAGGGUCGCAAGCAGCUGCAAAUAGCACUGAGUAACAGUUUGGGUCAUCCUUCAAAGCUCAAGGCUCAGAUUGAAUCUCUCGACAAGCUGGCGCGAAUCAUACAUCAUGAGCAGAAGGCCUUAUAUCUGGAGGACUACCACGAUAUCAAAAGCUAUCUCACACUGGCAUUUGAAUCGCAAGCACACCCGCUGGGUAAGUGUCUGGAGUCGCUGGUCGAUGUCUAUCGCACUGCCUACGUGGGCGUCGGUGCCCACAGUCGUCUGCUUUACCAUGCUGUUAAGGAAGUGCGCUCCUACGUCAGCAGGCUGUACAAAAUAGUCAGACUUCUUUUCCCCGUUUUACCAGAGGAUGGCCAGGAGACUACUGUGACUAGCAGAUCGGUGGCAGCUGGUGGCAGUAAGAGUGAUGAUGAAUACUGUAACAGUGAGGUUGCUACCUCCCAGGGUCUGCUGCACCCAGUACUACUACCACUGAUCUAUCCAACACUGUUCACGCUCUAUGUGCUUCACAAUGAGAACGAAGAUGACUGCUAUUGGGAGCGUAUUCUGAAAUGGAACAAGCAGUCUGACAUUGCACUCAUGACUUACCUCGAUGUCAAUGAGAAGUUCUGGCUGGAGGACUUGGACAACGCCGUGCAGUCGGGCGAGCCACGCGCGCGCCUCACGUCGAUGUACGAGCGCUACUUCACGCACGCCGUCGAGAGCCUGCAGCAUCUCAGCACGACUUUCUGCCCGGCGGGCAAGCUCGCGGUCAUCCACCGCACGUUCGUCGAACUCGAGAAGGAGUCAAGGGUGAGAGUGAGUGAGGACUACGUCUGGUCAAUGGAUGACCUCUUCCCUGUGUUCCAGUAUGUUGUCGUGCGCGCGCGAAUACCACACCUGGGCUCUGAGAUACACAUGAUCGGUGAUCUCAUGGAACAUCAUCUACAGUUUGGAGAGAUGGGCAUCAUGUUCACCACUUUGCAGGCAUGUUACUUCCAGAUUCAAAACGAGAAACUGUCACACUACACUUGAGGUUUUGACGUCAACGACCCUGCUGUUUAGAGCACCACCAUGUCAGUAAAGAUUGCUCGUACACAGUUGGUUUUUUAAAUCUGUCACCACAUGAAAUUAUGCGGGUGACAUGAUACAGUUGAUACCGGUGGU